AUGGGGCUCCUGAGGACCAUCGCUUUGGUCAUUUUAGGCAUUUCUGGCUUCACAUUUGUCGCACUUUUCGGGAGGUUGCCUGCAUUCCGCAAAACUCCUAUUGGCUUACUACAUAGGGUUGUUUGCAUAUACAUUCCGAGUGCAAUCUCUUCCCUUGAUUCUCACCUGUUCGACGGUCGACUUGUGUACUAUUGGAGUACAUCUGGUAGUUAUAUAUUCCAUGAGAAUCAUCCACUUGUGCUUAUAUUCUUUGCGUCGCUCCUCAUAACAGGGCAAUGCAUGUUCAUUCCAAGUGCAUGGCCCAGGGUCUCUACGGCCCAUAGGCUCUGCAUGCCCAUUGCUGCCACAUUACCAUAUUUCUUUCUCUAUAAGAGUAUUGUCACGAAAUCGUUCAUCACCCCAAAAAACCACGCGCAAGAAAUGGAACGCUAUCCGUAUGAUAAAGUCAUCUUUCACCCAGGUCGCUACUGCAGCACAUGUGAGUUUAACAAGCCUGCACGGAGUAAGCAUUGCAGUUUCUGCAGGGCAUGUGUUUCUCGACACGACCAUCAUUGUGUAUGGCUGAUGAAUUGCGUCGGACUGAAUAACUAUCGUCAUUUUCUGGCCCUGAUAUUGUCACUCUCUAUAAUGCUGAUCUACGGUUCAUGCAUUGGCUUCUCCCUUCUGUCUGAGUCAUGGGAGAAGUUGAUCCCGCUGGACUCACCGUUGCGGACAAUAAGACAGAGCUGGACAAUGUUUUUCAACGUGUGGACUGUUGUGAUUUCAACAGAUCUCCGUAUUGGAGGCGUUACAUCAUUGAUGUUCAUGACAGCACCAUUGGCGAUGGCUUUUCUCGUUUACCACACCUACCUUAUCUGGGCUGGCAUGACGACAAAUGAAAGCGCGAAGUGGUCUGAUUGGAAAGAGGAUGUCGCUGAUGGUAUGGUAUUUAAAUCUACCAAGGCAGAGGCCUAUGGAAACUCGCCUUUGCUACGCGAAUAUCAGAACCCGCAUACAUGCUGGCCGGCGAAUAGUGACCAGGUGCUUAUUCUUACGGAAGGUGAGCCACCGAGAGUGGGCUUCAUGUUCUCACCCGAUUCCAAUGAAAUCAGGCAGCCCAAUGAUGGGGAGGCACCUAUUGAUCAUAAAUGGACACCAGUGCGCAGUAUGAGGGAGAUUGACAAUAUAUACGAUCUUGGAUUUUGGGAUAAUCUACGCCACGCCUUUGGAUUACCUGCUCGGCGGAAGAUCAUCCGCUCAGGCCCUGUCAAGAUGGCUGAUCGGACUGCUGCGGACAUGAAGCCAAAAUGUACCCCAGCAGAGCUCAUGCUGAAGGUUAUCCUGACGGGAACCUUAAGUCACUAUGAGACUCGUGGGAUGAUUGACGAUAAACGCCUCGAGCAUAUGUUAUCUGCUGGGAAACAAAUCUUGUACAAGACACACCAGGAGAGCGAUGUCAGACAUAAUCUUGGCCUGUCACCGGAUAUUUGGCAGGGCUUUACAGAUGUUUUGACUAAAGCGAUACCCGUUCUAGAAUCACAGUCAUUUGCGUGGAAAUGCCCACCGACUGCGAAUUACGAUCAUUCCUCCUCGAACUUGAUAGCCUACAAUUAUUUUUCACUUGUCAAGGACAUUGAACGUCUAAAUGAUCUGUGUACGAUCGCCCGCAACCUCCUCGCGACAACAAAGAAAGCACAGAAUAUGGCGGCGGAAAAAGGGUUUGAUCAAAGGAUUCUGGCAUUGGUAGACACGUGUGUAAGAGUAACUGCCCGCGGGUUUGAUGGUGAAACGAAUGCAAGGAAUGAAGAGCGCUGGCAGAAAGUGGUCAACCUCUACAAGCGCUUGUUGAUCACAUGUCUUCAGUUUCUGCACAACUUUAUCAUGCACAACGAACAACGGAAAAUGGUACUCUGGCUGGAUCUUUUCGGAUACCACUCCACUGGAGAUUCAAAUAUCAUACAACCUAGAGAGCCGCUAGACCCGGCCAGUGGUCAGCCUGAGGGAGCGGCGCCAAUUGUCAAGACUGGUGAGAGAAUAGUGAAUCCCCCUAUUAGGGCUCUUUACGACCAGACGGCAGAAGACUUGCUCCUGGAGACGAUCUCUAACUUCCCGAGAGAGCCAGCGACGAUCAAAGAAGAAGCAGCAAUGUUACUUCUCGCAAACAUUAAAGACCACAUGGAGAAGCUUCUUGGGCGCGACCUGACAGCAAUUCAAGAAAUGGGCAAGGAUCCAGAGCAGGUCAAAGAGAUCCGUGCUGCUCUUACGGCGAUACUAGGUGCAAAGGUUGACGGAUUCUCGGAUCUUCAAGAUAGAGCUAAAGAUCUGCCACCCGCCCUUCCCGAAGACGAGCCGCCGCGGAAGAAGGCUAUACUUACAAUAGAUCGAAGCACGACGGCCGGAUUCCCGCGUAUCUGCUGGGCGGACCUACCCGACCUCAACGCCUACGGCGCCCUUGCUGCAGGGGAUGCGACUAUCAUGGAGGAGGAUACAAGCAUGCCGCGGUCAGCUCAAUCUGCUGCGGAAACGCUCCAGGAAGCGAAGGAUGAGCUGAUGGCAAGACUUCAAGAAUCAUCUCAAAUUGGGGGCGACGGUGAUCAGGACUAUGACACCGGCGAUGCAGGGACAGUUGGUGACGAUGAUUCACGUAGCCUUGAAGCCGUGGCAGACGGAAGCAUGGAAGAAGAAGAGGAGGAGGAUGAUGAAGAUGACGACGAUUAUCGAGGCCGCCCAGGCGAUCAACAACGGGGUUUAUUGACGGACAUCCCUCUAGUUCUGGGCCCCGCGGAGAUAGAGGCGCUUCCAAUGAUCAUUCAGGCUGGUAUCGUCGAUAGCUUCGGACUGAAGGGAGGAGAGAGAACUGGCUCAAGGAAUAUGCAGGCGCUUAGAUGCCAUAUCCUGCUCACUCAGGAGACAGGACGCAAUUUACUUCGGGAACUCUUGAUCUUCAUCGCCGCAUGGGAUUUACCCGACGAUGAACUCUAUUUCAAGAUGAUGGUGCAGAUUAUGGACGCAGUUUUAAGGAACGGCCUCAUGUCUCACGCCUACUCUGACUUCGGUCAACCAAAGGACAUCAUCUCUCCAGCUCAGGCGGUUGUCGUCAAGAUUCUCACACAUAUAUUUAGGGCUAAAUACUCUCCCGCUUCUGUCACAGGAUCUACGCAAGCCAACACAACGAAAAACCCAGCACCGCUCUCUAGGGUCGAUAUUCUCACAGUCCGCUACAUAUUCACCAUCUUCCGCGGCAACAUCAUCCCAGAAACCUGCGCCUUGAUCUAUCUUCAAGGCCAGAUCCGCGCUGGACGGGCACUCCCCGAGGAUUUCCCGCUGAACUUGUGGGAUAUGGAACGGGUCUACGAAGGUGUCUACCAGUUCCUGGAAUUUUUCGCCGUCCUUACCGAAAACAACGACUGGAAGAAUCUUCUAGUCAAGUGGGAGAUUGUCUACGAUUUAGUUACCUUGAUCAAGGAACUUGAAGCAAGCAUUCCUAAGGGGCAAUUGAGCCAAUUGUCACUUGGGCCCCGUAGCCCCUCAAAGGAGUCUCAACCGAGCACGGUUCCUGGGCCAGUUGCGGUUGAACGACCAUAUGAUCCCGGUGAUCCGGACCCAGUUGAUGGCGGUGCUCCUUCUAGAGCUGAGUCGCCUCCGAUAACCGAAGACCCAUCCGAAUUCGAAUGGAGGAACCUUAAGAAGCUUGUCGUGCUCGUGCUCUCAUCCCUGGUGUGGAAGUGCCCGGAGGUCCAAGACCAAAUCCGUCGACAUGGCGGCGUCGAGACCAUCCUGUCUUGCACCAACUUUGACGCGCACAACCCUUACAUCAAAGAGCAUGCGGUGAUGUGCUUGAAGUUCUUGUUGGAGGGUAACCGCGAGAACCAAAAGCUUGUAGAAGAGCUAGAGGCACGUGAAGUAGUAAAAGACGAGAACGGACUGCUCGAGAGGAGCGGCUUCGAAGCUGUGAUCGACAAGACUGGCAAACUGGCAAUCCGACCCAAAGAUGGGACUGGAGAAAAGAGAUAA